AAUGUCAAUGUGAACAAUUAGUAAACAUAAUUUUCUUGAAAGUAAAUUAAAAUAAAUAUGUAAUUUACAUAUAACAUUCUUUUGAAGAAUUCUAUGAAGCAUUAAAGGAAUUACAAUUACGGUACCUAAACAUGGGUAAACGCUACUACUGUGAAUAUUGUGACAAGACGAUGGUUGCUACGCCGGCAAUCGUGAAAACGCACAAUAAAGGGCUUUUACAUCAAAAACUAGUCCAAGAACAUUAUCAACAGUAUAAAGAACCGGAGACUAUCCUGGAAGAAGAAAGUAUGAAGAAACCAUGCAGUCGGUUUAUGAGGGGAGAAUGUCAGUUUGGUAGCAUUUGUCGCUUCUCUCACUACUUCCCGGAACAGUUGCAGAUGCUGAAGGAAAUUGUUGCAUCAAAGAAACAAAAACAAACAAAUCCUUUCCAACCAUCACUUGAGGAUCUGUACAAAAAGCUGCAAACUGAAAAAUCAACAAAACCCAGUGAGUCAGAUAGCAACACCAUAAUUUAUGAUAAGAAUGGACUGACCCAUGUUUUUCCCUGGGCUUACAAUGAAUUGUUUGAGAGUUAUGGCACUUUGCCCCCGAGUGUAAGAAGAGUGAAUUUGGAAGAGUUUUACAAUUCUGAAGUUAAUGAGUAUUGAGUGGGGAUAACAAAUGUUAUGUUAUGUGAAUACAAUUAGCCAUUCCACAACUGAUGAUUGUUUUUAGCAGUUUGUAGUUCAGAUUGUAUAGCAUCUGCGUAGGGGGAGCUACAGAACAGGUCACACUUGUAGCAGUGAUGUCAGUUGGUGCGUAGCGUGCUCUUGUACUGUUGUAGAAGUAUCUACACUUACAUUUUGAUACAAAACGUUUUUAUACCCACGCCCGUAGCUCGACCGUGCGCAGAAUGCAGUGCCAGUGUGGUAAGGUAAAAUUAUGUAGUUCAAUCUAAAGUAAAAAUAUAUGUCUAUGACAUGCUACAUCAAAUAAGAUAUUACAGAAAACGUCUUCUUGAAUGCAUUCUUCUGUUCCAUGGUAUUGUUCGUUUCUUUGGUAGAUAAUACUCAGUUUGUACAUAGUUUAUAAAUCGAAACUCUCUUGGUACUUCAUAUCUCAUUGCAUUAUACUGAAAAAAAAAAGUUUUAUGUAUUUGAAUUUGAGCAUUGACACCACACUCACUUUACAAACAAGAGUUAAAAUGAUUAAUUGAUUCACAUUAUGAACAAUGUACCUACAAAUUGAUGUCAUAUUACAUUCAGCAUUCACAACCAACAAAUAUAACUUCAAAACGUUUUAUAAUAUAAUUUGUUAUUGUUUCAAAGUUACUUACUUAUUUAUUUUUUGUAAGCUAAAAUUAAUGCCUUGGGUACUAACUUACUUACAUAGUGCGUAAAAACCUGUACCUGUCGUAUGCUUAAUAUUAUAAACAGCACAAGAAAAAUAGUGUAUGCUUCCAUUGAUUGUUGCGUGAUAAAAUUUCUAUAUGUAGGUAUUGUAUAGCCAUAAAACAUUUACGAUAUAACGUCGCUUAUUCAUCAUGCGCAAUUUACACAUAUUACAAUUUUAGUUUACACCAUUUCUGAGAAGCCGUACAUUGUAUUAGGUAUUAUAGAACAGAAUAAAAUUAUUUUUAUAUCUUAUUCGUAAACACAAAUGAGACAAAUUACAUUAACAAUAACAGAGAUAAUAAAGUGCCGGCGCUUAUCUUCCGAUUAUAAAGCAGAGUUAGUUCUUUGUUAGUUACUAUUUAAUUCCAUUUGUCAAUUAGGUAGUAUUUUCUCCUAAAUUUGAAAUCUGUGAUUAACUUAUAGGUAUCCACGGAAGAAAGACAGCGCGCCGCGCUCUAGGUACCUUACCUUGGUAUAUACCUACGUAGAUGAUUUUCGCCUCGAGCCAUGUAACUAUACUUCGAAAACCUAAAGCAUAUACUUACAUAUAUAUGUAAAAACUGAAAAGUUAUCUACCUAAAUCUAUAGCUAUAAAAAAAAUUCAAUGUAUUCUUAAUGAAUUGACUGGUUUUCGAUAUGACUGACCUUUAGAAAUGCAAUAACAUCAAUAAAACUUCAAUAAAUUCAAGCAAUGUUUUUAUUUAACAAAUUAAUCUUGAUAUUGUACUUUUGUCUUGUCUCUUAGUUUGAAUAUCUCACUCAUUCGUAUAAAUUAAUAUCUAUACAAUGGCACAAAUGCACUUUGAGGGCAAUU